CUUUUCUGAAAUAGGUCUAACUUGCUGACCUACAAAGACAAAAACACUCUUUACUUUUUAGUCUUAUUACUUCACAAAGUAAGAUGAAAACAGCCAGUAUAUAUUUUAUAAUUCUUGGAACCAUUUCAGGUUUAUCUGAAGGAUCAGGUAUGCUACCAGACGGUCCUUUGAAUGCAUCUGUUGGUGGGACUGUGAUGCUGAGAACAAACCUGAAUCCAACAGAAGAACCAUUUCUGUCACUAAUCUGGACUUUUGAUGGCAUCACCACAAUAAUAACUUCACUGUCCGACAGGAAUGUUACUGUUCCUGAGUAUGAAGGCAGGAUCACUCUCUUCAGAUCCACUGGAUCUCUGGAGCUCAGGAAUCUCAAAUUAAGUGACAGAGGAGAGUACAGACUUAACAUUUUAACAGCUGAUGGUUUGCAAAUAAUAGGAACCACCAGAGUGGACAUUUAUGAGCCAGUAUCUAAUGUGAAAGUAACAGCACAAAGUUCAGACUUGGUUGAGUUCAAGAGUUCUGUCCGUCUGUCCUGCUCCUCCUCUGGAUCUUCUCUCUCCUUCCUCUGGAUGAACAGCAGCUCUGAGGUUUCAGCCAGUGACAGAGUUCAGAUUUCUGAUGGAGGAUCCAAACUGACUAUAGUCAAUGUAACUCGCUAUGACCAGGGACUGUACAGCUGUCAUGUGUCCAAUCCUGCCAGUUCUGGAGUUAGUAAUCAAGCAAACCUUUUUAUCAGCUACGGUCCAGAAUACAUCCAGUUAAUGGUCUCUCCAUCAAAAACACAACAUGAAGAAGGAACAAAUAUCAAUCUGUUCUGUUCAGCUGAGUCUAGACCUACCGCAGAGUUUUUCUGGUUUCUGAAUGGAGACAUGCUGCCUGUUUCUGGACCAGCACUCAGACUGAUGGACAUUCAGAUGAGCCAUAUGGGAAACUACAGCUGUCAGGCCUUUAAUAGAAAAACUUUGAAAUAUCAGACAUCUCAGCCAUCAGCUGUCUCUAUUAUUGCACGUGUUUCAAACAUUGCGGUGGAAGCAUCCUCCACAGACCUGGUUGAGUUCAGCAGCUCUGUCCGGCUCUUCUGCUCUGCAUCUGGAUUCUCUCCAUCUUUCCUCUGGAUGAACGGCACCUCUGAGCUUACAAAUGGAGACAGAGUUCAGAUCACUGAUGGAGGAUCCACUCUGACAAUAUUCAAUGUGACCAGAUAUGAUCAAGGGCUCCUGAGGUGUCACGUUUUCAAUUAUUUCAGUCGUGAUAGCAGUGAUCCAGUUUACCUCUCUAUCUACUAUGGACCAGACAGUAUUUCAGUGACUAUAUCUCCACAUCAUGAAAAAUAUGAAGAAGGUUCAGAUAUCACCAUGUUCUGUUCAGCUGAAUCCAAACCAGCUGCCAUUUUUCGGUGGUUUCUGAAUGAAACCCUGCUACCUGUUUCUGGACCAAACCUCAGACUGACCAACAUUCAGCUCAAUCAGAGCGGGAACUACAACUGUCAGGCUCUUAACAUCAAAACACUGCUGCACAAAAUCUCUGAUCCUUUUGUCAUCUCUGUUGUGUAUUUUAAAAAAACUCAAUGUCUCUCAGGAGGCGCCAUUGCUGGGAUAAUAAUCACAUGUUUGGUAGUUGCAGUUGGAGCUGCUGGAGGUUACUUUAUGUAUAAAAGAAAAAAAAGUGUGAGUGCACAACCUGAUGCAGGUAAAUGUGAGGAAGAACAUGUCUAUGAGGAUAUCUCAGUUAUAUAUGUUAGAACAAUCAGUAUAAAAAAGCCAACAAAAGAAAUGAAAACAAUCAUCAUAGUUUUUGUUCUCCUUGGAGCCAUCUCAGGUUUACCUGAAGAAGAUGACGAGUUCACAGAUUUUCUCAGUGCAUUAAUUGAAGAGCCAGUGCAGGAUUUAGAAGUAAUACCCCAAACAGUGGAGUUAAAUGAGUUUAAUGGUAACUUGCAUUUGCACUGCUCCUUCGUUGGUAAUGCUACCAACAUCCAGUGGUUGAAAGGCAGCUCUGACGUCACUCAGAACAAUGGUGCAGAAUCCGAUCUGAUUAUACUCAAUGUGACCCGCAACGACCAUGGAUCCUACAGGUGUAAUGUGUCUAACUCUGUGAGUUUUGACAUCAGUGAACCAGCAGAAGUCUUCAUUAACUAUGGGCCAGAGGACAUAGGACUGAAAGUCUCUCCAUCAGGACCGCACCAUGAAGGAUCAAACGUCCUUCUGACCUGUUCAGUUCAGUCCAGACCUUCUCCUGAGUUUCUGUGGUUUCUGAAUGGAGAUCGUCUGUCUGACUCUAAACCAGACCUCAGACUGAGCAACAUUCAGACAAAUCAAGAUGGAAACUACAGCUGUGAAGCCUUUAACAGCAAAACACAGAAAACGCAAACGUCUCAACCUUUACUUGUCCCAGUAAAUGAACGCGUCUCCAGUGUUGUGGUGGCAUCAGAUCCCACAGACCUGGUUGAGUUGAAGAGCUCAGUCCGUCUCUCCUGCUCUGCAUCUGGGUUUUCUCCUCAUUACUUCUGGAUGAACAACGGGUCAGAGGUGACAGCCAGCGACAGAGUUCAGAUCACCGAUGGAGGAUCCACUCUGACUAUCGCCAAGGUGACCCGGCCUGAUCUCAACCUACUGAGGUGUCAUGCCUUCAACUACUUCAGUGAGGACUUCAGUGAUCCAGUUAACAUCUCCAUCUUUUAUGGACCAGAACGAGUCGAACUGACCGUCGUUCCAUCUCAGGAACACUACAAGGAAGGCUCAGACAUCACGUUGAGCUGCUCAGCUGUUUCCAGUCCUCCUGCAGAGUUUCAGUGGUUUAUUAAUGAAAACCUGCAGUCCCAUUCUGGACCAGAACUCAGAUUGAGCAAUGUUGAAGUAAAUCACACUGGAAACUACAGCUGUCGGGCCUUCAACAAUAAAACUCUGAUUGAUCAAACAUCUCGGCUUUCUGUCAUCUCUGUAGUAGUGGAGUCUGGAGGUCUCCCAGCCGGAGCCAUUGCUGGAAUUGUGCUCGCAUGUUUAGCAGUUUUAGUUUUAGUUGCUGCUGGAGUCUUUUUCCUUUACAGAAGAAAAAAAAAUGUCAAACCCAAACCUAAAAAAGACAACAAACCUGAGCCUAGGAACCAGCGGGAGGAGCGUCCAUAUCAAAUGGAGGAGGAUGUCACAGAGAGAAGACCUGAGCCUAGGAACCGGCAAGGGGCGCGUUCACAUCAAAUGGCUGUCACAGACAGGAGACCUGAGCCUAAGAACUGGCAGAGGGAGUCUUCACGUCCAUCAGAUCAUGUGUACGAGACAAUGUCACAGAUUUAUGAUGAGGUAUAAAAUCUGCUUUCUUUGUUAAAAGGUUAUCAAAAAAAGAAGAAUCAUGAAACUACAUUACCAGUUAGAGGAAGGGAAAAGACUUUUUAUCGUAUGUUUACUGUUUUUUGUUUUGUUUUUCCUGUUGUUGUGUUUCCAUAGAUCAAUAAAGACAAAUAAAAUUUACACACCUAAAGGACUGCCAAUAAUGUGUAUAGAUAGGUAAAUGAUUGUUUUGAAAGAUACAAUAAUAAAAACAUUUCAUAAAUCUUUAAUAAAUCUUAAAUCUGACAACAAUACCCUUUUAAAAAAUCUGUGUCUAUUCAGUUUUAUAUAUAUUAAUAGUACUAGUACUAUUAAUAUAUAAGGCAUAUAUAUUAAUAGUGAAUGUAAGUAUGGAUUACUUAUAUUCCAAAAGCUUUUAUUUGUACAUCAGAGGCUUUCAGCCUCCAAAAGCAUCAAAUUGUCUCCCUCUAGUGGUUAAAAUCCACAUGACGCUCAAUUAGACACUUUUUCACGCUUGACAGAAGUUUGAAAAGAUGGCAGGUGUGUGUGGGAGUGGAGAAUAGAUGUUAAUUUGUUUUUUCUCAUGAAUAAGAUCACGUCUGUUUCCUGUUGAAUGUUCAAGCUCUGGAUUAUGUAGUUUUAGAUUAUGAACCAGAAAUAAUCACAGAGAAAAUUAUACAACAGGUAUUUAUUACAACACCUGUUGUAAACACACAACAGGUGUUUAUUACAACACCUGUUGUAAUAAACACAACACAGUUAGUUAUAACUAACUGUGGUGGAGUUAUAUACUGUAUGUUCUUAUAUAGAUAAUUCUCUAACACAGCAGUUGGAGUAAUCCACUCCCUACUCACUUACAAAAAAUGAUUAAAGUCAGUCAAGCAGGAAAUAAUUGAUUACUUUGUUCAAGCACCUUGGUGGCCACUGGUUGUUGUGUUUAUUUAUUUAGCUAUUUAUCAUUUGCUUUUCCUGAUCCUCAAAUAAUGUGGAUAGUCUGUUAUCUGUUUGAAUAUUGUUGUUUUAUUGAUUUUAGAGACAAAAGUCAAGUGAACACUUCAGAAAUAUUGAACUGAGAAUUAAACAUAGUUUAGCUAUUAAACAAAAAGAGAACUGAGUCAUUUGUUCCUGAAAAGAUGAAACUGUUAACAGUUUGGUAAAUGUACAACUAUUUCAGUGCAUUUUACUGUUUCAAGAUUAAUUUCCCUUUAGAUUUCUGAAAGUAACAGCAACAGAACUAAAAAUAUCAGUGUGAAAAGUCAAGGUUUACAAAGAAACCUCAUGUUUAAUAAUCAUUGUCAUUACAGCAGUGUUUUAAUUUGAUCUGAUGAAAUUGUAAAUCAGAAAAGAAGUUGGUCUACACAGUCCCUGCUGGAGUUUUUCCAAAUCUGAUGCAAUAAAACGUAA